AUGUCUAAGACAAUUUCUAAAGAAGAACCAUUUAUCUUGGCAUCUCAAGCACAUCAAGUGUUUUAUGUUGAAGAUCUUAAUAGAGAUGGUUGGCAUUAUGCUGUUCAAAUCCCUCCUAGAGAGCUUUCUGAUGAUGAAGGGGAGUAAAGCAAAAGCUUCUAAUUCCCAAAGUCAGCUUCCAGACUAUGAGUUACAAAGGCUCAGAAAAUUGAAGCAUAAUGCUGAAAGAAUGUCAGCCCAAGGAUCGGGAUCCUUGGCGAAUAAGAUACUGCAACAAAAAACACGCGACAUACUUUGUUCGAGUGUGAGGCAGACAGAUGAUGGCUCCUCAGGAGACUCUGAUACGGAACAGGAAACUCUUGGUAGUGAAAAAAGACAAGUAUGUGAAAAGGUCUCUUCUCAACAACAUCCAGUUCCUACACGGGAAAUUCAAAGGAAGCAGCAAGAACAGCAAUUGGGGUCAACAAAGGCAUCUGUGAAGAAAAGAGCGUUCUGUUCUCCUGGCUCAAUGUCAGCUUACCUCGAGUUUCGAAAACGACAAAAGGAUGAAGCGCUGAUGAUGAGCAGUGAGGUGCAUGAAAAAGGGCAAAAUUAUGAUGAUGAGCAGCUGAAUGAGACCGAUUGUGCUCUUCAGUUCGAUUGUGAGGACAAUGAUGAGGGAAAUGAAGCAGCGGAACGAGCAUUGAUGGCACAGUUUGGAAUAGAAGACAUAAAUAGAUUGAAAACUCCAAUAAAGAAGUAG